AUGGUCAGCGAAACCGAUGUGGCGACAGCCGCGUUGGCUAUAGCGAUCUCAGCCCUGGUCAUCGCAGCCGGUCAACUUAUUGCCCAGCUGUUUUCAACUGCAGACGGUUACCGUAGAUGCCAGCCUUCUGUCAUUGGAGAUUGGUACAAACUGGUUGAGCGGAAGUACCGGUGGUGA